ACUCGUCGGUGGAAGAAUUUUUGGCUUCAACGCAAACUGAACAACAACCCGCGUCAAGAGCGCCGCCAUGAUGACCAACGCUUCCGGUCAGACUGUUGUAAAAUCAAAGCCUGAUACAAGAAAUAUAUGCAUAUAUAGAACAGCACACUGCAUCAAAAACCCGGCUUUUAUUUUGAAGGCCGCGCCGCCUCACUCCCGCCUUGUCUCCAUUUUAGCGCAGCUAGCUUGAUGCAGCGGAGAACCAAACGGAGGCAGAGCGGAUCAAUUUGGAGCGACGGCGGUUGAUCGGGAUUAUGCGGCGACACUGAUUGCUGCAUCGGCUGAACACAACGUUUCCUCAUCGAGUCCACAAGCUGUGACGUCGCCUCAGUUUCCAGGUGUUAGUCUGUACCCGGCCUCUAUGCAGCCUGUCCAGGGCCCGGCCUAAUUCCUGGUGCACCCUCUUUCCCACCACCUCCUCCCUCCUUUCCCCACCCUCCUCCCCCCUGCCCCCUCCCUCCAUCCUCACCCCCCCUCCACACACACACACACACACACACACACACACCUACUAGCAUUUAGCCUGGACUGGCGGCCUGGCUGGCUGCCCCCCACAGGUGGAUGAAUGAAGACCCCAUUCAAGAGCCCAGCGGCCCCGCGGCCCCGAGCAGACGGAGGACAUUCAGGCGUGUCUGCAAACAUGAUGAAGAAAAAGAACUCGCACAAGAAACAGAGGACCAGCGUUGGUCCCAGUAAGACUCUGGCUCAGCCCAGAAGGAGCAUAGUGGGCUGCAGGAUCCAGCACAUCUGGAAGGAAGGCAGUAAGUCGUCCCAGUGGAAGGGGACGGUGCUGGACCAGGUCCCUGUUAACCCCUCCCUCUACCUGAUCAAAUACGACGGCUUCGACUGCAUCUACGGCCUGGAGCUGUACAGUGACGAGCGGGUGGUGGGGCUGGAGGUCCUGCCCGACAGAGUGGCUCCGGCCCGUGUGAGCGACUCGUUGCUGGCAGAGACGAUGAUCGGGAAGGCGGUGGAGCACAUGUUCGAGACGGAGGACGGGCCGAAGGAGGAGUGGAGGGGGAUGGUGUUGGCUCGGGCUCCCAUCAUGACCGCCUGGUUCUACAUCACCUACGAGAAAGACCCGGUCCUCUACAUGUACCAGCUGCUGGACGACUACAAGGAGGGAGACCUGCGCAUCAUGCCCGACUCCAACGACAGCGUGGCAGCGGAGCGGGAGCCCGGCGAGGUGGUCGACAGUCUGGUGGGCAAACAGGUGGAGUACGCCAAAGAGGACGGCGGGAAGCGGUCGGGGAUGGUCAUCCACCAGGUAGAGGCCAAGCCCUCCGUCUACUUCAUCAAGUUCGACGACGACUUUCACAUCUACGUCUACGACCUGGUCAAGACCUCCUAAGGCCACAAAACCUGGUCCAGGACCCCAACAAAAAGACUUAUCGAGACCUGCCUAGACCCCCAGAAAACCCCACCAAACCCCUGCACCACUGAAGACCAACUCCAGCUGGACUUAAACAUCCUGAGACUCCUGAGACAGAUGAUAUCCACACUUUACUUGUUCUUUUGUGAAACGCCUUAAAACAAGAUAAUAAUUCUGGAAGCUCCACCAAGACGGGACGACUACAGUCCUGCUCCAAGACUCAGAGGUGGAACCAACCAUUAUCAUCCUUCAGAUUUCUUUAGACUCUUUAUGGAUACUUCCUCUGACAGAAGACCAGACCAAUUACAAAAAUCUAAUCUGGUUUAGCUCGAGACGUCCAGAGAUCUGUGCGGACACGAUCCCGAGACGCCUCCAGAUGCAGUGAAAAGCUCUCCUGACGCAAAUAUAAUUAAUUGAAGCAUCCAAGCAGGUCGACAGUGAACAGAAAGAACUCCUCCACGUUUUCCUGAAACCCUGUCAGACCGUCUGAGUCCGUUGCUGUCAGAGGAGGGGGGACGGGUCUGAGUCUGCCGGGGUUAAUGAAGGGACGGGACUUCAGGCUGGACCAUCGUCUGUCUUCAUCUACAUUUAUAGAAGCCGUGAGUGGACACACAGGAGUGUCCAAUCACAGAGCAUUUUACUGACCCCGCCUCCCUGCAGGUCACCUGACGACCAACUAAGACACUGAGUGGAUGCAGUGGAAGAACCAGAGGACACAGACUCUUUCCUUUCUUCAUUCUCAUUUGUUCUUUCCUGUUGAUGCCUACAUUACCCAGAAUGACUCGAGGUGUGACAUCAGAGGGUCGGAGAGGCUCAGCUGUCAGACGUACGAGCUCUGUUGGUUUGGCUGCAUCAGUCGGUCCAGUAUAGCGUCGUUAGCUGUCCAACUGUCACAGGUUCAGUUUGAGUAGCUAAUGCUAACGAUGCUAACGGGCUGUUAUAAAGUUGAAUGAAGAGCAAAACUUCAAACUUUGCCCCAGUUUCUGCAGCUCCACUUGAUUUCCGUGCUGAUGUUCUGCGGCUGAGCUCGACAUGUUUAUAUUCAUGCCAAUAUAUUUCUGUUUUCUUAAAGUAUUAAAGGAACAGUUCACCCAAAAAUGGAGCCUCACAGUAAACAGCGUUCUGCCAAACAACCGAAGCAGCUGAGACUUGAUUUAAACAUCAGAUGUUUCCAUCAGCUCGUCUGCUGUGAUCACAGUCUGCAGCAGAGAAACAUCACUAACUGAUCUCAGACCAGAUUUACACUUCGAGCUCAGCUGUGAAAAGGGUGUGAACGACGUCUCUUUGGCGUCUGGAGACUCUGAUUACAGCAGACGAGCUGGACGGAGAUAUUUUAUGGGGUGUUUUUUGUUUGUUUGUUUCUUUUUUUAAAAAAUCAUUUUUGGAUGAAUUGUUCCUUCCAGUCAAUGUUUUAGACUCUCGACAACCAGGAUGAAACGAUGCUAAUGUAAUCUGAUCUUUUCACGGACAGGGAAACGUUUUUUUGGGAAAUUGUCUCGUUUGUCUGCUGAGAUGUUCAGCAUGUGUUCAGAAACACUCUAAAUUCUUAUUGAACAUUAAUAAUCAGUAUGUUGUGUUGGGUUGAAAUGGUUUAUAACACUUUAUCUUGUAGUUGUAAGCAGAUAUGAAGUCGUGUUUAUUUAUGUACAGUAUUUAUAACAAUCAUAACUUCUAUGUCGACAUAUUGUAAAUUAUUACAACUAUGUUUUACUAUAUUGUCAUUUAUUAUCUGCUUAUAGGUGGGACAACAGGACUGUGUGUCUACAGGGGGACUUGCAGUUAUUUCACAUUAAUGUGCGUCUACAGCUACAUUAUGGUGUUAUAAACCAUUUUUGACGUGUUCACUGCUGAUUAAUGUUAAUAAAGUGUUGAGUUUCUCUUCUGACCCUGACGGCAAGAUUCCCCGAAACAUGCAAAUGUUCCUUUAACGUCCUCAGUUUAAUGGAACUGAAACGAAUCAGCUGACUGAUGCAUCACUGUCAUCAUGCCCCGCCCCCUGUCUGUGUGCUGUUCUCUGAUUGGUUGACUACCCCCGGAUUGUUAAGGACCAAAUUUGCCUGCUGUGUUCGUCUGUUGGACGUUGAUUUAUGGUUUCCAUGUUGUUGUAAAGCUCCACCUCUUCUUGUUUCUUAUCGCCGCGCUGUAAUCUUUCUUCUUGUUUGUACGAGUGACACAAACAUGGCCGCCGUCUCCCUGAACGAUCUUUCUGUUCUGUCCUGUUUGUUCUGUAGAUGCUGUCAGCUGCUGUGACUGAAGAGCUGAUCUGAGCUCAGCUGCAACGAUCAGGGUGAUUAUUGCUUAUUGACAAAUCUGACGUGUUGCUGUAAGACUCCUCCCUCACAAUCACAUCACAGCUCCACCUCGCAGUCAGAGUCCAGUCGGCGGCGCUGGCAGAACUCCUCUCACAUCCCCAUGAGCAUAAACAGCCAUGUUGCCUAAUCCACAUCUCAUGUGCCUGAAGGGACUCCGAGAUCUCAGGCUAAAUGUGUCCGAGAACGUCAGUGUUUCCAUACGGUGGAUUCUCAGUCUGGAGAAUCUCGACUGUUCUGGUCAGAGUCCGAGUUGUGGAGUUCCAGAACCUUUGAUUCAGUCGUGAAGAUCGUUUCUUCUGAUUUUCAGAUCAAAUCUCUGUUCUACAAUCUGCUGUUUGAAACCGAGGAUCCAAUCAGACGGGUUCAAACUUCACUGGUUCUAGAACAUGAAGACAUACAUUGUCAUAGUGGAACCCACAUGUUCUGAUUCUGGAACACGUCCAGUCGGGGAUGAAUUCUCCGUCUCAGAUUUGGAUAUUCUUGUUCUGUCACUCAGUUCUGAACCCCUUCAUUCAUACGCCUCCAUAACAAUAGAUUUUUUUCUUGACUUGACGGCUUCAGAUUCUAGAACUCACUUGGUUCUGGAACAUUUUAAAUCCUUUGCUGUUCUUCUAAGAAUCGAGUAUGAAGCGCGUUUGUUACUCUCAAAGACGUUUAAAUCUUCCGGAAAGUUUCCCGUCUGAAUGUGCAAUCCAGAUUAUUUUUCCUUCGAUAGAACUUCAGGUUCUGGGCGUGGAGACUCGGGUUUCAAGUUCAGUAUCCAAAAAUAUAUCAUAUCACCACGUUCUUUACUGUUCUUGAAUCUGUACGCGUUUACAUCUUCCACAUGUUCUGAUUCUAGAACUGGCUCGGUCAGGACGAGUUCACUGACUUCGACAUUUUGUCAGCCUGUGGAGAACUCUUGUUCCGACAGUCGCUGUUCUGGGAUCUGUUGUUAGUUCUGUUGUGCAACAUGUUUCUUUAAUGGACCGUAUCAGAUUCUAGAACUCUUUAUUCUCAUUACAGAACGCACACGUCCUGGUUCUGGAGCACACCCAGCCGGGACGCAUGCGCCUUUGUUCCACUGUGAGUUUGAGAACAUUCUACAGAUUUUAAUCCCUCGUUCUGGUUCUGGAGUUGAGAAUGAAGCGCGUUCAUCACUGAUCCAGAAUCUGUUUGAGUUCUUCCUCAUGAUUCACAGCUUCAGUUUCUGGAACACGGAGACGAGUUUAUCACAUUCCUUCCUGUUCCGGAAUAGAUUUAAAUUGAAGUACAAAGAUGCAAAUUCUAGAACAUGUUUUCACGUUGUGAUUCUAGAACACGUCUCAUGGCGCCCCGAGACCAGAGAGGACAGAGUCCAUUUUAAAUAAUUCCACUGAUCUCAACACAAAACAUUUCUGACUCCAUCUUUAGUGAUCGUUCUCUGAAGUCAGAACUCAUCAUCUUGUGACCCGAAGAAAACAAAUGCAGACAGAGUUCUGCAGCCCGGCCCGUUGGUGCUGGAACAGUGUGAUGGCAGAACUGCUCCUGUAAUCGGCUCACCUGCUCUGUUGGCCGUCCUUCGCUCUGAUUGGCUCUUCUCGUCUGUCUCUGGUUCCUCUGUUCUUUAACUUUAUUCCUAUUGGAUCGCUCAGCCGGUGGUGUCUGAUAACUGUCACAGUUACCCACAAUGCACCAGGUGUCUGUUGAGACCGUACAGGCUGGGGGGGGCAUCAGUCAUCGUCUGUUCAGGAGCCGAUUAGUAUUUUACAGAAACAUUGAUCUGUUGUGUGUGUGUGUGUGUGUGUGUGUGUGUGGCUGAGUGGGUGUGUGAGAGUGUGUGUGUGUGUGUGUGUGUGUGUGUGUUCAGAGCAGUGUUGUUUUUGCAUGCCUAUAUAGCUCUCAGUGUAAAUCGAUGUGAGUUGCAUGUCCGUGUAGUUUUCAGUUGUUCGGCUGACUUCUGUCCGUUGUGGCUUUCGGUGCCUUUUCGUUUAACUUCAGUUUGUUUUUCUCUCUCUGUUUUAUUUUGUACCGUGCGUCCCUGAGGCGGCUGUUUUUUGGGGUUUUUGAGCAAAAAAACAUGAAAACAAAGAAUAUCCCCCUUCAAACAGAACUGAUGGCAGUUAUUUUCAUGUUGUGACCACAGAGGUGAUGACGGGUGUGAAUUCUGUUUUUGGGUGGAUUGUCCCUUUAAAGAGUGCCAACUACAGAUGCCAGUGUUGUACAGCAGUGAAAAGCUCACACUAUUUACUAAAAUAAACCAUUUCUCUGUUGUUUUUUUCAC